AAAAUUUCUACGCCCAAGGGGGGUGCCUUUCCAUCUUGGAUGUCUUGCGCUGCUUUGAACCUACGAUAGGCCUGGCCUUUACUCGGUACAAAUGGGUAACUGUUCCUCGUGCCUGGGCCUCGGUCGCCGGGAUAGUCACGAUUCCGAAUCCUCGCGCCUCCUCGACGAUGACCCCUACCAAGCGGGCUACGGCUACGGCGCUCUAAACCACACCAGCCAAGUCAACCAGCCGGACCCGGGCUACGUCAAGCGGGAAAGAGAAGCACUAGAAGCCAUCUGCCAGCGAGCCUCGGACUCCGUCAUCGACAUCUGGUCUCUCCAGCCGCAACCGCAUCUCCAACCCCAAGCCACCCUACGUGGAUCCGCAUCGCCCUCUUCGACCAGAGGCGCCUCCUCCAACGAGGUCCCCAUUCACAUAGCGACUGACGCAGAGGCAGAAACAGCGCCGUCAACAAACGGGAAAAAUCACGGCCGCGAGGCCCCGAAGCAUUGGGGUGAAGUGGUAAUCAACCCGCGCAAGCAUAAGCAGGCGCAAGCCGAUGAAGUCGCCAAACCGGAUGUCUUUGGUGUACUCAAAGUGACAUGACCAUGCCAUCUCAUUCGGGCGAUAGCCUCGUUGCGAUAGACGGUGGAAGAGGAGGAGGAUAAACGAUCCGACGAUUGGUAACUUUCCAUACACAAAAGAAAAGAAAGAAAAAGCAAAAAAAAGGAGGGACGAUGAAACAGUCACGCUACAGAUUCGCAUCGACUAUGUUUCGCGUCUUCAAAAUCUACUAUCUCCUUGCUGCAGCAGAUCGCCGGUCGAUAGUCCCGUCCUAUCACAUCACCACCAGAUCCUGAUUACUACCUACCUACCUACCUUACU